AUGGAAUCUCAAACCGGCACCUCCGAAGCCAACCAACCCAACCGAAAGCGUGUCAUCACAGCUUGUCUGACCUGCCGCCGUCGAAAGGUAAAGUGUGAUCACGGACAACCAGUUUGUUCACCGUGUAAGAAAGGAAGCCGUGUUUGCACUUACACAAGCCCUCAAUCAGCUUCACAGUCUUCUCGUCUUGGAAGUGGGAAUCGAGUAUCAAGAAGCAACCGACAAACUGGUCAAGAUGAUAUCAAGAACCGCCUCGAACGAUUGGAACAACUUCUUGAGCGCGCCCUCAGUGGCGGCCCUGCUACCUCACAAAACACGACUAAUACAGCUUCCAACCCGGAGCAUUCCAAAUCAAAGUAUCAAGGACUGGGCUUUUCGGCGAAUCUUCAGUCGGAAACAUUAUCGACCGAUGGUUAUGAUGGCGCUUUGCUCCUUGAAAGCCAGGGCGGUCAAUCUCGCUGGGUAUCAUCUCUGCACUACUCGCUCCUGGCUGAUGAGGCAAUUCACAAGCCUACGCUCAAACGACGACUGGUCCAGUAUAUCGACUACACGUACGGCCUGAACGCUUCAAGCUCUGAGGACGAAGAGUCUUUGGUCACUCACUCUGGCGAGGAUAUUCAUACUUUCGAACCAUUGGCGUUGGCUGUCUUCUAUUCAGCCAUCAAUAGUCUUCCGGCUGAAGACGUGUUGUUGCAGUUCUCUGUAGAAAAGGAGACACUCCUUUCCCAAUUUCAACAUGGCGUGCAAGUUGGCCUGGGGAGAGAGAACUUCUUGACUACAUCAAGCAUUGAAGUGCUUCAAGCUUUCGUCCUGCUUCUGACCUGUCAGUCGCGAGAAGAUGACAUGGCAAAAACCUGGACACUGUUAGGUCUAGCUCACAAAAUGGCCCUCUCGCAGGGUUUGCAUAGAGAACCCUCGCUAUUCACAUCCACAGGCAUGGGCGUCGUCCAAGUUGAGAUUCGCCGCAGGUUAUGGCAUCAGAUAUGCCACCUCGACUAUCGCUCUGCAGAAAGCAGGGGUCAAGAGCCUACUAUAUCAGACGAGGAUUUCACUACCUUACUUCCACGAAACAUAUCGGAUGAUAACCUCGUUGAGGGGAGUUUAGAAAAGACAUCUACAACGCCUGGGUUUACUGAUAUGACAGUUCACUUGAUCCGUCUAACGAUGAAAUCACAAGAAGCUAAGAACAAUGACAACACAACCCCGGUUGCCAAGCUUCAGUCCUUAUUCGAGGAAGUCAGGGGCAUGGUGAAUGAGAUUGUCAAUCAUUUCCAAACACACUAUCUGCAGCACUGUAAUCCACAUAUUCCAGAGCAGAGAAUGGCAAUUGGACUUGCAACGGUAGUCGAAUGGCGGUGCUGGUCUAUCUUCUGGCUGCGAACACCAAAGCAGUACCGGGAGUCGGUGAUUACCCCUGAAGUUCGACAAAUAAUAUUAGAGAAGUCAGUCAACCUCAUCGAAAGCUUGAACACUAUGCUAGGUGAUAAGGACGCCCAGCGGUACGGAUGGCACAUUGGCGGUCAUGCAUGUUUCCAGCCUAUCAUGCAUAUUGUCUCAGAGCUUGACAUGCCCAAUUUCGAUGCUCCCAAUCGACAAGCACUACGAUCACGAGCCUUAGACGCAUUGAGAAAGACCAUGCUAGAGAGGGGACAAGAAGCAACACCGAUGUGGAAUGCGAUGAAUCGUAUCAUCUCAAACUGCCUCGCUAAAUCUGCAUCGAGACCCUUCCCAGUGACACCAUUCCAGGCUACACAGACUGAAUUGCCCAUUAACGAAACGACACAGGGGCUAGGCUCUUCUGCCGCUGCGCCGCGCCCAGACCUGCCAAUCUUCGGAGUCGCACCGUCAACUUCGUUGCCUGACCCCAUGGCAUUGGGGAGUAUAGAAAUGCUGGAGCCUGACAUUAUGUUUGACUGGGUAUUUGAACUUUUAUCCCUCUGA